GAGUUCAAACUGUCGUUACAUUUUCUUUGUCAUCUUCAAUAAUAUUUUCGGUAUAUUAUUUAAAAAAAUAAACUUAAUUUUUUUAUGCUCACGCUAAUGUUUUAAUCUAAAACGUUUGAAAUCUAUUAUCGAUUUUAUCCAUUACUUUGGCCCCAAAAAUGUUCGACAUUCAGUUGUUAUUUUUACACAUUUACACAUUGAAAAUUCAUUCUAUGAUUGUUUUAUUUUAAUAAUUAGAUGAUAAAAAACUAUGAUAAAAAAACUAUACUCGGAAAUUACAUCAGUAUUGCGUAAAAUACUGACUUGUCACUGAUGUAAAGAUAUGAUUUAAGAGUGACAUCCAUAUUACGUAUAACUGUGACUUUGCUACUGACAUAAAUGUAUAAUUUUAAAAUUACGUCAUUAUGAUAUACAAUAAUGACUUUAUUAAUACGUAACAAUGUGAUGUAGAUUUUAUAUCAAGCGUACAUAACACAUAAGCCAUAACUGACGGCAUACAAGAGUCAUGCUGACAUCAAUAUGAUGUCAAGCGUACGUAACACAUAAGUCAUAGUUGUGACGUUGUAAAGGGGUAAACUUUAAUUUAUCAUAAAGGAAAAUCGUAGUUUUCCACGGCUGGUCAGUUACCCGAGCCGUUACCCCAAAUAAGUACCCGUUAGAGUUUUUCGACUUGUCGCCGGGUGCGCUAAUUGAAGAAGCUCGGACUUCUGUCCCAAAAUUAAUUAAGUGGGGAGGCCAUUUUCCGGAAGUUGCCGAAAAUGGCCGUUGCUGAAAAUAUAUAACCACAGAACAGCAGCAAAAGCGAAAAGAGUCGGUCGAGCCGAUAAGCUUAACCAGGCGGUGAUCACUUCUGCCCCCCACCAUGCCCAAUUUUGUCAGAGUUGGUCUAGCUUAGAUAAAGAACUUGACAAAACGAAUCUUCCCAAAAUUGAUUCCGCUAAUUUGGCAACAUUGUGAACAUCAACAAUUAGUAAAAAUUUCUACCUUAUCGACUGACCUCACCCCCUUAACACUUGAUGCCAUUUUUAAGAUUUAUAUCAAUUUGUUUUAAUGUACUCGUGCUUAUUGCUUCGUGCUGUGAAAAUUAAUCGUGCUUUCUGAAAAUUCUUUUCAGCGUUUUGAAAUUAUUGUGCUGUGAACUAUAAAAGAACAUAAAUAUGUCUUAUUGUUGUGUUAAAUCUUGUGGUCACAAUAAAAAUAAACAUUCGUGCCGCUAUCAUCGAUUCCCAAGUGAUCCAAAAACCAGUAGGGGAAGAAGAUUUUCUGCAUCUCAAUUAUGAAAUAUUGCACAAGAAAAAAUAUGUAUGCAGUUUUCAUUUCGUUGAUGAAAAUUAUAGUUCAUCAUUAAAAAUGCAUUUGAAAUCUGCAGCUGUUCCAUCUAUUUUCAAUGAAAAGACGGUCUCUAUUAGUAACGAGGAUAUGAAGACAUUCUUAUCUCCGCAAAUGAUUGUUUCAAUGACUUUGGCUGUUAAGUAUACGACCAAGAAAAAACUCAUUGAAGAUGCUGGAAUACUUGGCGCAGAAGUUACACAUGAAGUAUCUGCUGUACUAAAUCUUCUGACUCAAGAACGUGCAAAGACCAAAAACUUAGAGGCUGCUAUUUCAAAAAUAAGUAAAGAAUACGAUCUCCAAGAAAUAAAAUUAAAGAACUGCCGGUGUGAUGAAGAUACUACCAAACGUCCAGGACUCAGUUUACUUGCUGGUUUAGAGCAACGCAAUAUAAAUAGAAAGAGUGGUGGAGAGCGGUACACUAAUGAAGAAAUUUUAUUUGCCAUUGGUAUUUAUAAACGUUCGCCUAAGUGUUACCGUUUCCUUAUGAAUUAUAUUUUGCUUCCAAGUGAAAUUACUAUGAGACGUGCUUUCAUUAUUCUUGAUUUAAAACCGGGGAUCAAUAAUUCAAUAAUUGAAGGACUCAAAAAAGCUGCUGAGCGUAUGACAGACCCUCUGGAUCGAUAUUGCACAGUAGUUAUGGAUGAAUCAAGUAUUAAACCACGACUAUCAUAUACUGUGGGCAUUGAUUCAUUCGGGGGGUUUCAUGAUGAUGGUAACGGCGUUCAGAAAGCAGAGCUUGCUGAUCAUGCAACUGUUUUUAUGCUUCAACAAAUCAACAAGCCGGGAAAACAACCACUUUCUUUCCAUUUUACUCAUAAACCAAUGAACACUUCUGUGCUUAAAGCUUUGCUUACGCAAAUUCUUUCACUUAUCGUUGCCGCCGAAAUGAUACCAGUGGCCGCAGUAUCCGAUCAAGGGUCAACAAACAGAGAAGCAUUUAAUUUGCUUAAGGAUGAAACUCCAAAUAACUAUGAAAGUAAUCACUUUAAAAUUAAUAAUUACGCUAACAAGAUUUAUAUAUUAUAUGACAUCGCCCAUUUAAUUAAAACCUUAAAAAAUAAUUUCGCCGGUGCUUUUGAGAACUGGUUUGCAAAGAAUCCAAAGAAGAGUAAGCAAGAAUAUCCUGGCAACAUCAUUGAGAUUAAUGGUAUCCGCGGCUAUUGGAGAGAAAUAGUAAAUUAUUUUUUUCAAGAUGAAAAAUGUCAUUUUAAAGAAGAACACGUUUUCCCGACUAAUAAAGUUAAAAUGGGUGUUCGCUUUGCAUCACAAGUUCUAAGUCAAAUGACAGCUGAAAGAUUGAUGCAACGGGCAGUAGCGGAUCCUAUUAAAAAUGUAGCUGCAAAAGCUACAAGCAUCAUAAUAAAGUUUUUAGACAUGGUUAUUGAUUCUUUAAAUGGCUGCAAAUUAAGUGGUGGAGAUAAAAAAGAAUCAUCUUCGAGAGCAAACGUGACUUCUACAUCUCAACAUUGGGAAUUCUGGCCAAAAGCUAAAAAAGCAAUUUCAACAUUAAAAUUUUUUCGACCAGAUGGAAAAUUAAUAUCCACCCCGACUCCCGCAGUAUUACUUAAUAGCUUAUCUGCAAUCUCAGAUUUAUGCCAAUUUUUAUUCAAAGCUGGAUUUAAAUCUAUUAAUUUACGGCAUUUAACCCAAGAUGGAUUGGAGAAUUUUUUCGGAUUAAUUAAAAACUUGCAAGGCUGUAACCAUAAGUUAACGACUACUCAUUUCAUAAGUGCAUUUAAAACCUCCAUAUUGACAAUUUUUUCUGAUUGCAAUGUUCGUGGGGCUAAUAGUGAAAUUGAAUCCUCCCCAACGAUAAUUCAGCUUCAGAAUCUUCUUACUAUAAAAUCUAAUAAGCACAGUUCAUCGCACGAUAAAAAUGUUGAAGACAUCGAACAAGAAAUUACUGAAGCUGACGACGUUCCAAGAUUACAGCUUGAUGAUACCGAUGAUAAUUGUGAUGACCAGCUAAACCUUAUAUUUGGCGGAGCAAACGAAGGACUUGAUAAUGAUUUAUUUAGCUGAUGAUGAGAAGUUUAUACCGGAAAAAAUAUUAGCCAGUAUUUUCAAAUCAUUAUCAUCAAAGAAAUGUUUGGAGUGUAAAUCGUGCAUUGUCAUGAAAAAUACAUCAGAAGUUUCUACAAUUUCAUCAACUUUUAAAGAAGAAAUUUUAAAGGCCAUGAAAUUUCGACGAAAAUUUAAAAUCACGAUUACAUGAAAGGAACAUUUGUACUUUUGCUAAAGAAUUAGUAGCAAGUCAGUUUUUUAAAUCCUCGUUUAACUGUUCUAAGCAUGGUCAAGCAUUGAACAACGAAGUUUCCGAAAAAAUUCUAAGCUUUCUUAUCCGACAACAGUGUUAUCUUUUGAAUAGAAAUGUGGAAUUAGAACAGUUGAGAGCUGCUAAUGCAGGAAAAAUUGCAGAGUUGAGCGGAAAAGCUAAAUAAUAGCAUUUUAAGAGAAGUAAUUUAUUAACAGCCACAGUUCCUAUUUAAAACUGGGUAUAUAUUACCAAAGAUUCUUGCGUUACAAUAUUAAUUUAUUGAUUGAUUUAUUUUAAUGUAAAAUAAUUUUAAGAAAUCGUUUAUAGACCGAAGUUUACGAUUCAAAAUAACGACGUUUAAAAGCUCUGAGUUUAAAGCUUAAACAAAAGCUAAAAUAAAAUAUCUAUGUGAUAAUGAAAAUGUUUUAAAAACUGAAAAUUUUGUAAUAUUUAUGUUUAGAGCUUAUAUCAGUACGAAACGAAAUGUCCUAGUCAAAUUCCUUAGCUUUAAGACUAAAAAAGAAAUUAUGAUAAUUUUAUUAAUAUAUUUUAAGGUAAUGUGAUAAUUAUACAUUGAAAUGCCAAAAAUUAUUAAAGUAAUAAUUUAAGUAAAAGGUCUGAUUGUUUGUGAUAAUAAAUUAUAUUUUUAUAUUGAUGUAUACUAUAUUGAGAGCUAAAAAAUGUUUAACAA